GAGAUUGAUUAUUUGAACGUCCUGGGCCUUGCAUUCCUUGGAGGAACACAUUUCUUCUCGUCAUUUUUUUUUUUACUCUUCCACCUUUUCUCGGACUGACAGCUUGAGGCUUUGUUUGUUUUUCUCUUCUUUCUUUUUUUUGUGGGGGUUAUUCCCACCCAGGAGACGUGCCAACGCCACCAGCACUAGCAGCAGCAGCAGGAGCAGCAGCAGCAGAGGAAUAUCUCCCAAUAUCCCAUCCCGGGCACGUCGGAGAAGCUGCAGCAGCGGAAAACACGAGGCGAAUAUUGCGGUGGAACGGGAGCAUGCUCCGCGGGCUUUCACACCUCUCGCCCUGGCUCGGUACGGUAGGAUAAAGACUGAGGCACUUUGGGCUUGUUAUGGGGGUGACCGGAAGGAGAGAGUGACAGAGGAACAGUGAUGCUACUGUUUACAUAACGAGAGACUAACACUGGCACACACACUCCACAUACACACACAAACAUCCACAUUCAUGCACACAUGCUCAGAUCGCCAGUACAGGACAUACACACUGGCUUUAAACACUACCACACACACAAUCAAGGGAGUCGCUGACUGAGUCACCACACACUCAGAGGCACAGAAUCACUGACUCACACGCAGGAGCAAACACACAAACUGACACACACACACACACACACACACCAGAGGAAAAGGUUGUUGUUUUUAAGAGCUAGGGUUGUGUGUUGUAUGUGUGCUAUGAGCCAAACUGAGCAGCAGCUCUGUACGACCGUUUGAUUCCUCUGAAGGGUCAACACAGCCGUAACCCUCACCUUUCAGUCCCCUUUCUCCUCCCCUUGCAUCCCUAAUCUCCCAGCUUUCCCUAAACGCACCAUCAUGUCCAAUCUGAGGACCGGGAGAAAUCCCUCUAUGGGGUUUCCAUCCCUCUUCCUCCUCCCCCUCUGCCUCUCCGUUUCCCUCUAUCCCGCCUCCACCUUGGCGCAGCAGACCGUGCCUGUCAUCUCCACAGCGCAGGGGCGAAUCCGUGGUAUGUUGACCCCUCUGCCCUCGGACCUCCUGGGACCUGUUAUCCAGUACCUGGGAGUACCUUACGCUAGGCCUCCCACGGGGGAUCGCCGCUUCCAGCCGCCGGAGCCUCCUCUGCCCUGGCCGGGAAUACGAAACGUGACGCAGUUUGCUCCGGUGUGCCCACAGUCGCUGGAUGAGAGGAGCAUGCUGGGAGAUAUGAUGCCGUCCUGGCUCACGGCGAAUCUGGAUAUAGCGGCCACGUACCUCACUCAUCAGAGCGAGGAUUGUCUCUACCUCAAUAUCUACGUGCCCACAGAAGAAGACAUCCAUGAGGAGGGGGGGCAGCGGCCGGUGAUGGUCUACGUCCACGGGGGCUCGUACACAGAAGGCACCGGGAACAUGAUGGAUGGCAGCGUGCUGGCAAGCUACGGCAACGUCAUUGUCAUAACCCUCAACUAUCGCCUUGGAGUGCUGGGGUUCCUAAGUACGGGCGAUCAGGCAGCAAAAGGGAACUACGGCCUGCUGGAUCAGAUUCAGGCUCUGCGCUGGGUGAAGGAGAACAUCGCGGCCUUCGGAGGAGACCCGGGCAGAGUGACGGUGUUUGGAUCUGGGGCUGGGGCGUCCUGUGUCAGCCUGCUCACCCUGUCUCACUACUCUGAGGACCUGUUCCACAGAGCCAUCAUCCAGAGCGGCAGCGCUUUAGCCAGUUGGGCCGUCAACUACCAGCCCAGCAAGUACGCCCGACAGCUGGGGGAGAGGGUGGGCUGCGGCAUCGACGACAGCACCCAACUGGUCGCCUGCCUCCAGGGCCGGAGUUACCGGGAGCUGGUGGAGCAGAACGUAACGCCGGCUAAAUAUCACACGGCUUUUGCCCCGGUGAUUGAUGGAGAUGUCAUCCCGGAUGACCCCCAGAUUCUGAUGGAGCAGGGAGAGUUUCUGAACUACGACGUGAUGCUGGGGGUUAAUCAGGGCGAGGGCGUGAAGUUUGUGGAGGGCAUCGUGGACUCGGAGGACGGUGUCACAGCCGAGGACUUUGACUUUGCUGUGUCAGACUUUGUGGAUAGCUUGUAUGGAUACCCGGAGGGCCGAGACACGCUGAGAGAGAGCAUAAGGUUCAUGUACACGGACUGGGCGGACCGCGACAACGCAGAAACACGGCGGAAGACCCUGGUAGCAUUAUUCACGGACCACCAAUGGGUGGCGCCCGCCAUCGCCACCGCCGACCUCCAUGCUCAGUACGGCUCACCUACCUACUUCUACUCCUUUUACCACCACUGCCAGAGCGAUGCCACGCCCCCCUGGGCCGACUCUGCUCAUGGCGAUGAGGUGCCCUACGUCUUCGGCGUGCCCAUGGUGGGACCCACUGAUCUGUUCAACUGUAACUUCUCCAAGAACGACGUGAUGCUGAGCGCCGUGGUCAUGACUUACUGGACCAACUUUGCCAAGACUGGUGACCCAAACCAGCCGGUGCCUCAAGAUACAAAGUUCAUCCACACCAAGCCCAACCGCUUCGAGGAAGUGGCGUGGUCGAAGUACACGCCCAAAGAGCAGCUGUACCUCCACAUUGGCCUGAAGCCCCGAGUCCGAGAUCACUACCGUGCCACCAAAAUCUCCUUCUGGCUCCAGCUGGUCCCUCACCUACAUCAUGUCAAUGAACUCCUGCAAUCAGUGUCCUCCUUCACGCAUAGUCCCUCGCCACAGGAUGACACGCCGUACUCUUACACCAAGCGUUUAUCCAAAGGUUGGCCGCCCAGCAGCACACGCCAUCCCAGUUCACAAGGAGGCACCCCGCAGCCGCCGGAGUCAGCUUUGGGCCAAGGUGGAGGGGAGGAGGGGGUCCGCGUUCCCAAUGAGGACUACUCGACAGAACUGUCGGUGACGAUCGCCGUGGGGGCGUCGCUGUUGUUUCUAAACAUCCUGGCUUUUGCAGCGCUGCUUUACAAAAAGGAUAAGAGGCGUUUGGAGCACCGUCGGCCACGGCCACUUCCUCCACCCAGACGAGAUAUCACAGCUGCUGACGUGGCUGCCCACCUGCAGGGGGAGGGGCUGAUGUCCUUACAGGUGAAGCAGCUGGAGUGCGACGCAGCAUCAGCAGACGAGAGGAACAACGCCCACCACCAUCACACUCUGGACACUCUGGACGCUCUGGACGGUCUGGACACCCAGGACAUUUACAGCACCCUGGAUACCGUGCGCCUCACCUGCCCGCCCGAUUACACGCUCACCUUGCGCCGCUCGCCUGACGACGUCCCCCUCAUGACCUCUCUGACUCCGGGAUCGCUGCCCGUGACCCCCGGGUCACAUCCCGUGACCCCGGCCACGCCGAUGACACCCAUGACCCCAGGAUCCGUAGUGGGGAUGAGGAUGGGGCAUCCGCACCAGGGAUACACACAUCAUAGCCCGUAUAGUAAUACACACUUGCCACACACACACAUCUCCACGCACACACACUCCACCACGCGUGUAUAACCGCAGCAAGAAACAGAGACGUAAACACAACACCAACACGCAUACAAACACGCCACACAGAAACAAGGGACUUAAAUACCUCUACUAAUUACCCUGCAGGAUUGUUACAGACGGAGAGAGGGACUUUUUCAGUAACAGGAUGAAGAGACAGACAGCUGUGUGAUGCAUGUCGGGGAACUAGAGACGAGCUGGAUGCUGGGAGAUGCAGUUCUAUGCAUCAUUUGCUCUUAACCUGGAACAAGACGAGCCGAGACAUCCUUCUCCAACUCCUGCUUUGGAUAUUAAACCUUGAGCUUUUUCUACACCUGAGGAGGAAGAGGAGGAGCGCUGUGCCACAAAGGGUCAGUUGUACGGAUCACCUUACGUCUCCUGCUGUAGUCGUGCCGGGACAGAGCAGAGCAGAUGCAGGACUGAGCUCAGAAGUUACCACACACAGACUGCUGAUGUCAACUUGAACAACCUGUGAAAUGUGAAUGUAGCAUUUUUUUCCAUUAAAAGAUCAAAGGCCCUAUCUGCCAAGGAUCAAACUAAGCUGAGGAGAAAAAUAACACAUUUUAAACACGACAGAGCGAGAGAGACGGAGAGAGGUGUUUAAAGUGACAGGGAUUAAAAAAUAAACAGCAGCUGAAGGAAAAGUUGGUCAGAUGGUGGAAAAGAGAUUAUAGGGGGAGGAUUUAUCACAUAUGAGAGCUAAAAGAGAGAUGGAGUGAUACGGAAAACACUGGAAGGAUAAACUUCAGAAGAAGAAAGGGCCUCUGAAGUGUCUGAGGAAUCACUCUAACCAGCUAAGUGUUCAACUCUUGUAAAUAGAAUGGAAAGAUCCAGAUGAUAUAUUAUGAUUUAUAGCAUUUACCUGCUCUUGCAUUAAAAACAUGACUUAUUUAA